AUGGUUGUUGAAUUCAUGCUCCAUGGCAGCCUUCCUGAGUUCAACCAAAGCCAGUUUGCGAUGCCAGUUCGGCAAUGCAUGAAAAUUAUCGAGUACGCCGACAGAUUCGCUCUGGGUGAGGUGUUCUGCGAGCUACUUUACAAGAAAUUGGAGAAGGGAUUGCAAGAGAGGGCGCGAGAGCUCGAGUUGUUUGAUGAAUUCACCCCAGAUCACGUUGAACUCAUCUUCCGCAUCACUCGAGACGAGGACCCUUUCCGGACACUAGCCGCACAAGCUAUCCUGUCUCUUAAUGGCCCAAACUACCAGGGACAUCCUCUCGACCUCACAGACUAUAGCUCGCGUUUCCAGCGAUUGGAGAAGGAGAUCCCCGACUUCGCAUUUGAGAUGCUUCAGCAGGUUCGUCAGAGCAUGGUGAAGGGCAACACCUGGAUCGAGCCGCUCAGAAGGGAGAGUUACCAGUAUUGA